AAAAAAAAAAAAAAAAAAAAAAAAAAAAAAACCGUAACAUCAUAUAUCAUCUCUCUACUUCUUCAAAUCCCAAAACGAGAUUGAAGAAGAAGAAGAAGAUGAAGCUAAAAUGGGAAUCAAUGUCUAACGUUCAGCAAAACACAUUUCUCAUAAAACUCGUCUCUGCUACUCUCAUCACUUGUCUCGCUUUUCGUUUCUUCGUCUUCCAAUUCGGCCAAUUUCACCCAGUUCAUGUGUCGGUGAACGGAGACUCCGUUCCUCAGAUUUCUCCGCCGUCGGUUAUCUUAUCGGAUAACGAGGAUCAGAUUCCUGGAGAUAUUGAGGUGGAGAAGUGUGAUUUAUUCAAUGGGAAAUGGAUCAGAGAUCCUUUGGGACCAAUUUAUACAAACGGGUCUUGUGGUAUCGUUGUAGACAGUCACCAGAAUUGCAUCACCAAUGGCCGGCCUGACUCUGGUUUCCUCUACUGGAGAUGGAAGCCUAACGACUGCUCUUUGCCACGUUUCGAUCCUCGGAGAUUUCUUCAACUUAUGAGGAAUAAAUCUUGGGCUAUCAUUGGUGACUCCAUUGCUCGUAAUCAUGUUGAGUCUUUGCUUUGCCUGUUAUCUACAGUUGAAAAGCCGGUAGAGGUGUAUCACGAUGAGAACUAUAGAUCAAAGCGUUGGAAUUUCCCUUUUUACAACCUCACCGUAUCCAACAUUUGGUCACCUUUUCUUGUGCAAGCUGCCAUCUUCGAAGAUUCGAACGGUGUUUCAUCAGCUGCAGUCCAGCUUCACCUUGACAAACUCGACAAUACAUGGACUGAUCUGUUACCGAGCCUUGACUAUGCGAUCAUCUCUUCCGGGGAGUGGUUCUUGAAAACCGCAGUCUACCACGAGAAUGCAAAUCCCGUUGGGUGUCAUGGCUGCCCGGAAAGUUCUAACAUGACGGAUUUAGGAUUUGACUAUGCUUACAAUACAUCGUUGCGUCAUGUUAUGGACUUCAUAGCAAAAUCUAACACUAAAGGCAUGGUCUUCUUCGGCACUUCGAUACCCGAUCACUUUAAAAAUGGGGAGUGGCAUAACGGAGGGACCUGUAAGAAAACAGAACCAGUGAGUGAGGACGAGGUCGAGAUGAAGGUCUUGAACAAGAUACUGAGAGAUGUGGAGAUCAAUCAAUUCGAGAGAGUGGUUACAGAGAUGGGUCAGGACAGUGGGAAACUAAAGCUUCUGGACUUUGCUGCAAUGUUGCUGACUCGACCCGAUGGGCAUCCAGGUCCAUACCGAGAGUUCAGGCCGUUUGAUAAAGAUAAGAACGCAAAGGUACAGAACGAUUGUCUGCACUGGUGCUUACCUGGUCCCAUUGAUCACUUGAACGAUGUUAUAUUGGAGAUCAUAAUGGAUGGUCGAACCGGGAAAUAACCGAUUUGAUAGUAUCUUUUAGUCAAAGCCUGGAUUGAAUUGGUAUAUAGGUCAGGUCAUGUAAAUUGGUAAAGCUGAAGAGAUUUGGUUUACAGUUAUGGACCGUAAAGAGAGCCGCUUAGAUGAAUUGAAAACCGGUUCGGUUAACAAAAGCAGUUUUUAUAGAUAAAUUAUGUAAAACAGUUUGAGAAUUUUUCUAGAUUUGGUUUUGUCGUGUA